AUGGCCAACAAUCGCAACCCUCUUCCGACCGCUCCUGCCCGCUCUGGAGUGCCAUUGAAACCAGCUCUCGCUCGAACGCCGAACACCCCUCGUCUCGCUCAGGACAAGCCCUCCUCGACGGCAACAGCGACGUCAACAACAACAACGUCAACACCGCCCUUUCGACCCAAACUGCAAGAGUCGGAAUUCAGACCCAAACUUAACAACCACAAACCAACACCUUCGCCUCUUUCCUCGACGCGUCCGACGGCGCAGGUCGCCUCUUCGCAUGCCACCCCACACACAUUGGCCGGAAAGACGCGAGCUGGCCAAAUAAUAAACUCGACCCCGACUACUGCAUCCCCCAACGACGACACUCCAAGUCAUGCGAGAAAGAGACCCCUCAUGAUCUCUCCCACAAACAGCGAGCCUGCUGUGCGCCGCCCCCAGUUGGCCGCCUCCAGUAGGGCAAAGAGCGUUGUGGGCUCUGUAAGACCGACCAACACAAAUCCCCCUCGUCCAGCCCUAUCCACUACCCGAUCUGGUCCAGCUGUUCGAGGCUUUGUCAAAACACCAGAUACUGCCAGGCCAAAUGCUUCAACUCUACAGCCACAGGCCGCGCAUCCCGCCAGAGUCUCACCGCUCCCUGCCUCCUCUCCUGUCCCUUCCAAUGUAUCGGCCGUUACCGACUCGCGCUCGCCUCAAUUCUUUGUGCAAUCACCUGUUCCUCCGGACUCGGCUCACACGCCGGCCAUAGCCUCACCACCUCUCAGUGCUGUCUCCUCGGCCUCAAACUACUUGACAAGUCCUACCUCACCACCCAAGAACAACAUUCAUCUCUCGUACAGGAAAGGUGCUUCCCAAAUAUUCGCUCUCGGUGGUCCCCCACUGCCUUUUCAUCCUGCGCAACCUACCCAACGGAAGACCAGUGCUGCAUCGCUGCGACCGUCUCAUCUCCGGAGCACCAGUCUGUCCUCAAUUGACACGGGUAGCCCUGACCAUGUUCGCAGACAGUCACAUCCUAUACCAGCUAUCACAGAGCCUGUCGGCGAGGACGAGCCUCUUGAUUCACCUACACCUGUGCCAGAUAAUGGAAUCGAUGGUCCACUCGAUGCGUCACCUUCUGAUGAGAUACAGAACGAUGCUUUACCGGUCGAUCCCUACGCCGAGGCGCGCCGUGAACGAAAAGUCCUCGAUCUUGAGAUUUCAAACUCAUCACUCCUGGCCAUCAACAAGUCUCUGGAGCGCGAACUCAGGAAACAAAAAGCCGAGUUGAAACGCUUUCGUCGCUUGAGUCGAGCUGGUCAAUUUGCCGUUCCUCAGAGGAGGGAAAGUGGUGCCGAGGAAGAUCUGUCAAUAUUGGAAGAAGAAGUUGAUUUACCCGACUUUGAUGGAGAUGAUGAGGGCGCUCGACCAUCGAGUCCUUUCCAUUCACAACCCGAGGAAGAUUCUUCUGAUGAAGAGUCGACCGAUUCCUCGGCUGUACCGUUGUCACCAGGCGCUCAGGCUGACCGCGAUGCUGCGCAGCGGGCUGAAGAUGAAAAUCGCCUACGACUCGACCUGAGUAGACAUCGCGAAUUACUCAUGGACACGCAGCGAAUGAAUCAGUCUCUACAGCGUUGCCUCUACUGGACCGAAGAAGUCAAACUCGGUGGUCGUAUCCUCUCGGGGGACGAAGCGGACGACUUGUCCUCGCAAGUCGACGACGCUGAGAGCGUUCGAAGUAUUGACGAGAAACCUGGCGCUCUCCCGGAUUUUGGCGAGCCCGACCGACGGAGCGUCGGCAGUGAAAUGGACAGCGGAAUUGACCUCAUGAGCAAGCGUGGACCAUUGACCAUGGCUAGAGACAACCCUCAUCACUCGCGACCGACACAAUCGUGA